ACUGAAUCUGGUAAAUAAUUAGCAUUUACGUAUCACCACUUACCUCGCGGCAGUAGCGCGACGGCGCAACCGCGGCUGGAUAAAAUAUGCUAGUUCCACCGACACGAAUUAAAGGGCAUCUUUAUGUCACUGUAAAGUCAUUAAAAAAGAGACCCCAAUUUAUCUGUCACAGAGUCAUCAACUUUGAUUUCCCACUACCCCACCUUCACAAAUGCCUCAAACUUCCCGUGUUUCUUGCUAUAACCCCCACCCCACCCACGGCACAGUGGUGUAGCAGUGGACUUCAAGCCCGUUAACUCCCUUUUCAACUCUAGAGUAAUUGCCUUUUAGAGGAAAAAAGUUUAACAGGGAAGUAAUCGGGAAGUAAAUUUGAAAUCUGGGCUCAUACCCAUCUGUUAAUCUGACUUUAGAAUACCAAGAAAUCCAGUUUUUAGACAUAGAGUAGUGCAGUGGAGGAAGAAUAUGCAUGGCCCAAGUCGUUUGAGCAACGGGGUGAAGUCUUUGUCACCGCCUACAUCUCCCCGCCACCGCCACGGCCGAAAUAAGAGUACUUCCACCACUAAUGUCGGCGGUGGCGGGAGGAGUUUCCUUAGUGACGGCGGCGGUGGAGGUGGUACUAAGUUACAAAAUGUGGUGGAGAGAUUUGGAUAUUUAUUAAUGUCAGUGACGUAUAGGCGAAGAGGAAUCCUUUUGUUUGCCCCUUUGCUGUAUAUAUCAGGGAUGCUGCUGUAUAUGGGUACAUUGGGUAUUGAUGUUGUCAAUUCUGGUGGUGAUGGAAAUGAUGUCAUCGGGCCUGGGUCGAUAUACCGGAGUCCCCAGGUAUUCCAGAAGCUCUGGCCGUUCAUGGAGGCUGAAAGCAAUCGGAGCUCCAAUAACAUGCUAAUAAAUGCGUGGAAUCCAAAGUUGUCUCAAGGUUGGAAGCCUUGUGUCAAGCAGACUAUUUCUCAAACAGGCUUCUCAGAGUUGCCAAAAAGAAAUGGGUUUCUAAUAAUUGAAGCAAAUGGUGGGUUGAACCAACAAAGAUUAUCGAUAUGUGAUGCAGUGGCAGUAGCAGGUUUGCUGAAUGCUACACUUGUUAUUCCCAUAUUUCAUUUGAAUAGUGUUUGGAGAGAUUCCAGUAAAUUUGCAGACAUAUUCGAUGAGGAAUUCUUCAUAUAUGCACUCAGAAAUCAAGUUGAUGUGGUCAGAGAGCUUCCAGAACAUAUACUUCAGCAAUUUGAUAAUAAUAUAAGCAACAUAGUGAAUUUGAGAGUAAAAGCAUGGUCAAGCCCAACCUACUAUAUUCAAAAGGUUUUACCAAAGCUGAGGGAGUUGGGGGCUGUUCGCAUUGCACCUUUCUCUAACAGAUUGGCCCAUGCAGUUCCUUCAAAUAUUCAAGGGCUUCGAUGCUUGUGCAAUUUCGAAGCACUUAGGUUUUCAGAACCCAUACGCAUGCUUGCUGCAAAAAUGGUUGAUCGAAUGGUUAAAGCCAGCUCGAAAAGUGGGGCAAGAUACAUUUCAGUUCAUCUCCGAUUUGAAGAGGAUAUGGUGGCAUUUUCGUGUUGCAUAUAUGAUGGCGGGGAGGAAGAGAAGCAUGAGAUGGAUAUCGUUCGAGAAAGAAGUUGGAGAGGAAAAUUUCGGAGAAGAGGCAGGGUAAUAAAACCAGGUGCUAAUCGAGUGGAUGGCAAGUGCCCUUUAACUCCACUAGAGGUGGGAAUGAUGCUUAGGGGCAUGGGAUUUGAUAACAGCACCUCUCUUUUUGUUGCAUCUGGAAAAAUUUACAAAACGGAGAAGUAUAUGGCCCCCUUGAAAAAGAUGUUUCCUCGUCUAGAAACAAAGGAAACUCUAGCCUCCCCUGAAGAACUUACUCCAUUCAUGGGGCAUUCGUCCAGGUUGGCAGCUUUGGAUUAUACUGUUUGUCUUCAUAGUGAAGUUUUUGUUACGACUCAGGGUGGUAACUUUCCCCAUUUCUUGGUUGGACACCGACGCUAUUUUUAUGAAGGACAUGCCAAGACAAUUAAACCCGAUAAGAAGAAAUUAGUUCAGUUAUUCGAUAAUCCAAGUAUCAGAUGGCAAGACUUUAAACGCCAAUUGCUUGAUAUGCUUCGUCAUAGUGAUGUGAAGGGGGUAGAGUUGAGAAAACCGAGCAGCUCGCUCUACAUGUACCCAACGCCGGAUUGCAUGUGCAGAAAAGCAGAUUUGUAAACCGAGUAUAGAAACCUAACAAAUUCUACUUAAGUACUAUUAUACGAAUCUUCUCUACAGGUGCUUACUGGUUUGCGAUAUUUGUGUUCAAUUAACCAAUAAUUAUCGAUUUUUUGCCAUUCGUAUCGAGGGGUCUGUUGUUUUCACUGCACUGUAACUGUAAUACUCGAAAGUCAUUUCAUGUAUAUAGUCAAGAACUUUUCUCAAGAAAAAAUUUGUAGUAUCAUAGUAAAAAUCAUUACUUGUUAUGUUA